AAAAUAAUACAAUAGAAAAUAAAGAAUUAAUUAAAGAUAUUUUAAAUAUUUAUAUUAAAAUAGCAAAAAAAGAUUGGAAUCAUAAAGAUUUAGCACUUAAAGGAAGUCCUGCAAAAAUAAAACAAAAAUUAAUUAAUGUUGGAAAAGCAAGAAUAUUUAAAUAUAUGACAAAUUCAUUAAAAGAACCAACUAGAAUAUACAAGAAUAUUAUAGAAAUACCAACUAAAGAACUUCGAAAUAAAUAUAGAGAACAAUAUAAUUUGAAUUUAUUCAAAUUUGAAGAUUUUAAAUAUAUUAAAGGACCAAAUCAUAUAGUUGAUAAAAAUAAAUUAACUAUUAUAAAAAUAGUUUCUUUAAAUGAUAAAGAAAAAAUUUUUUUAAAUUCAGCAGAAGAAGCU